CAAUCCUGCCGAUCCAUUCCUCCAGGGGACCGCAGGCGCCGCCAUCCCCUGCGGCAACCGCCUACCCCUCCCCUCCUACGCCGCCGGCCACCACCACUCUCCCUCGCCGCCAUACCGUGCGACAACACCCCAUCCCACACCUGUCGUCCGGCUCCGGCCACCAUCCCCUGCGACUAUCCCCUAACCCACACCUGCCGUCCGCCGCCAUCCCCUGAGACAACCCCCUACCCAACACCUGACGUCCGCCGCCGGAUACAACUACACUCCUCCGCCACUAUCCCCUGCGACAACCCCUACCCAACACCUGCCGUCCGCCACGGCCACCACGAUUCUCCUCCGCUGCCAUCCCCUGCCACAACCCCCUACCAAACACCUGCAGUCCGCGACCGGCUACCACGACUCUCAUCCGCCGACACCCCUGCGACAGCCCCACACCGCACCCCUGCCAUUCUCCGCCGGCCGGCACCGCUGUCCUUGGUUGGCACCACCUCAUUGCUUGAGCUAUUAUGCUUGGCUGCGUUUUGAGUGAAAUAAUCUCGCAGGAGCCGUAGCGCCGGCGAACAGUCCUUUUCCUUGUUCAAUUUGAAGAUAUCGAUUUUGGUUUGUGCAGCAAUCGUAGUCCAAAAGGAGUCAUUUUUAUUCGGAGUCUGUCUGUUGAGAAGUUGUAAUCCGGAUCCUCCUCCCUUUUCCUCUAAUAAUCUCCUCCCUUUUGGAGGAGAGCCUGCCAGCGAUUAGUCCGCCGGCCUCAAUAAAUAGAGAAGUGGGAGGAGUAGGAGGGGCGCUUGUCGAUCCAAUAAGUUGCCAUCCCCGAUUUUGUUUUCUCUGGCGAUUAGUCUGCUUUGUUGGGCCGAUCUAAAUAAACAGAGGAGCAGGAGGGCGGGGCAUUCAAUUAAGGGCAGAUCAGGCGUCACAGAUCUAAUAGAAGACCUGAUUAGCACAGGCGUCCUAACAUCAACAAGACCAGUUGCUUACCCGAUCAGCCAUGACAAAGAAAAGGAGUCAUCGCAGACGCAAUCUAAAUGCAAUGCAGAAAACAACUCGCACAGAAGACGCUGCUGUCAGUGCAAACGAAGACAGGCUUAGCAAGCUGCCGCAUGACCUUCUGCUCAACAUCCUGGAGAGGGUGGACACGCUCGAUGCAAUAAGGACCUGCAUCCUCUCCAAGCAAAUGCUUAAGCUCCCCACCAUGCUCUCGCAGUUCUUCCUAAGUUGUAGUUCCAUUCCAGGUUUCCAGGAUAAAACUCGUGUUAUCACCCCCAGUGACGUGCUUCGAACCAACAGUGUUGUGGCUCAUGUUACGGAUAACAUCUUGAGCACAAGGAGCCAGGAGAUCACCAUCAGGAAACUCAAAAUCAGAUUCGUCUUGAGGGUACAUGACUCUGUCAGCAUUGGCAAAUCUGUUGCCCGUGCCAUGGCAACCCAGAAGGUUGGUGCAGCUGAAUUUGAGGUCCUAACGGAGAAGCCUUAUGAGUGGUGCUCUCCUGCAGAUCUCCUCCAUUGUGCACAUCAGUUCAAUGAUUUUGUCGGUGCUUGUCAGGAUGCAUUUGCUGGCCUGAGGCGCCUGUGGUUGCGCAAUAUGAGGUUUAGUGAACUGGACAUCCAUAACAUACUCAGCACUUGCAAGCUCUUGGAGUCAUUGCGUUUAACCGAUUGCGACUCAGGGAUCCAUUCUGUGCUGCAAGUAGAACAUGGUGAACUUGUUGAGCUUGAGGUCGAAUAUGGAAAAUUUGAGAGUGUGGAACUGAUAUAUGUACCAAAACUCCAACGGGUGAGAUAUAAGAGUUGGUCCUCUUAUAAAAAUCCUGUGUAUUUUGGUUUUGUACCACAGUUUACAAAGCUUAGCCUCAGUAAAACUGGUGUCUGUUUGGAUAAGACUCUUCAGUUAAGCCAGCUUCUUGCUAAUGUUCCUUCAAUAAGCGAUCUGCAUCUGAAUUUUGAAAGUGAGAAGACUUGGGUCCUGCCAGAAUGUCCGAAACUGCUCAAGCCUGUGCUCAGCAAAUUACAGCACGUCAGUCUGGAUCAUCUUCCUGAAGGAUGUGAUUUAGCUUGGACAAUGUUUAUUCUUGAAGCUGCACCCUUUCUAAGAGAGCUGUGCAUCACAGUAUGGGACCAUUGGUGCAUCAUGAUGACAGACAAAGACUUUUGAAAGGAAAAUGGCUACUGCGAAAAGGCAGAUGUGAAGUGGAAGCCAUAUGACCCUGAUUUCAAGCACAAGAAUCUAGUUAAGCUCACCAUCUAUGGCUUCCAAGCCGACAACAACUUUGUGCGGUACAUUAGGAGCGUCAUGGUACAUGCAGUUAAUAUGACAGAGAUAUCUCUUCAUGACAGGAAGGUAUGUGGGCGCUGUGGUACCUUGGGUCUCAAGGUUUGUCCAUCAAACUAUCCACGGACUGCCAAGAAGAGGGGGCAGAUAAUUGAGAUGGUUGGUUUGGCUUCACAGCAACAGAUCUACUUUCAGCCCUAAUUGAAAAAUGAUUGGUUUUUCCAUCAAGCUAUGCAUGAGAUUCACCCUGUGCA